GUUGCGUUAUUGUACUUGAUCAGCUGUAUGUUCUGAGUAAUUGUUCAGGUUUAAAGUAUUAUAUUUUUUAAACAUUAUAUUUAUCAAAUGCUUUGAUAAGUAUAAUUCUUAACUGCAACAUAAUUGGAUUACUAAAUAAUUGGUAAACUUCAAAACGAUGUCGAGAAUUGGAAAACACAAUGAAAUUUCCAUGACCGAGUACGAACCAAAAAUAAGGAUACGGACAUUAUCGAAUUACGGAAACAUGAUUGAGAUUGAUCCAUCAAUUUCUAUACAGCGAUAUUGUCGUUCCGGUACAGAAAUGUUACGAAUGGCACAAGUUUAUUUAACAGAAAGAAAUCAUGAAAAUGCAUAUAUACUUUACAUGAAAUAUAUGACUCUUUUUCUUGAGAAAAUACGAAUGCAUCCAGAAUUUCAUAAUAUAAAAUCUGAAAUUAAAGCAAUUAAUAAGCGUAUUAAAGAAGAAGUAAUGCCAACAUCUGAAAAGCUACGUGCUAAAAUUCUUGACCACUAUCAAAGAGAGUAUGAACAGUUCCUGGCUCAUCGAGAGGCUGAGAAAGCUCGGGAAUUAGAACGAGAGCGUGAUCGAGAGCGUCAGAAACAAAUAUCUGCAGCAGCUACUUUCAUUCCAGCUAAUUUGCAUGUUCAAAUUGAUUCAACAGUUCAGCCGAGCGCCCCAGAUUUGAAUUUGUUAGAUCAGGUUGUAUACCCUAAUGAUUUUCCAACCAGCUCCAGUCGUUCACAUUUACCAAAUUCUGGAUUAUUAUUGGUUGGUGAUACAGAAAAAGAGAGCUUCAAAUCAAGUAUAAGUACUAAACCAAUUAUUGAUCGGAGCCAAAAACCACAAUAUUGUCGAUCUGAUUCCUUAUUAGAGGGCUCACUGCGAUCUGUAGUCAUACCACAAAAUACUAUGGAAGUGUUUUUACAUUUAGCUCAAAGUAACACGUCAAAAAAUGUAGAAACAUGUGGAAUAUUAGCAGGGCAUUUGCAACAGAACCGAUUUUAUAUUACCCACGUUAUUGUACCAAAGCAACAAGGAACUGCUGACAGUUGCAACACAAUGCAUGAAGAAGAAAUUUUCGAUGUGCAAGAUCAAAAAAAUCUCAUUACUCUAGGUUGGAUUCAUACUCAUCCUAGUCAAACAGCAUUUCUAUCUUCCGUUGAUUUGCACACUCACUGCUCCUACCAAAUGAUGAUGUCAGAAGCCAUUGCAAUUGUUUGUGCGCCUAAAUACCAAACUACUGGCUUCUUUAAUUUAACUCAAAACUAUGGUCUCGAUUAUAUCGCACAAUGUCGACAAACAGGUUUCCAUCCACACCCCAAUGAUCCACCAUUGUUUAUGGAGGCACAACAUAUUCAAAUUGAUUCACAUACACAAAUUGAAGUUGUCGACCUUCGUAGAUAGUAUGUGGAGUUGUUCGUAUAAAUUUGAAAACAAUGCUUUAAUGAAUUUAUCUGAUGUGUACUAAUCUACAUAAAGAAAAAAAGGUUAAAAAAGAUUUUAUAUUGAUAAAACCUUCCGAUUGGAAAUGUUUGAAAAGUUCAGCAAAACAACUGCCGAAGAGAGAAUAACAAUGAAUUUAAUUAUGCUUAACUACAAACAGAUGAUUACACACUACAGUUGAUUUGCACAUAAAAAGAUAGUGCUUUAAAAAAUGGUUAGCUUUACAACAAAACUAAAAAACAGAUAACAUAUUUUAUGUGUAUAUUAACUUAAUAUUUAUAAAAUUUC